UUUUUUGUGUCGUUCCUAAACAGGGAGUGUCUUUGCUAUGGGGUGGGGGUGUCUGGUCUGGUCUGGUGAUCUAGGUGGGUGCUACAUGUCCUUAAGUGACAUCCACAAGAACGAAUGACAGGUCUAAACGUUUCCCGGCAAGAUGGUCAGUGUUAUUUACUUUUCCUGUCAGUGGUUUUGAUGUCGUGGCUCAUCUGUGUAUUCAUAAAAACAAAAUAUGGGAAAUAUGCCAAGCUAAAGGAGAAUCCCAUAUCUGUUAAUCUGCCGUAAUAUCACACUGUUAUUUGAUGCCGUCAGGGUAACUUUGGUCACCGUCCAAGUUCAAGUGAGACAAAGAGUUUAGAAAGUCCAUUCAGGAACAUAUAUUCAGAGUUGAAACCCUCCUUCCAGUCCCCAAGCAUUACACAGCAUUGUGUCUGAGGUUUAUUCACAAGUGAGUCCUCAAAUACCAGAACACUACUCAUCAGAUUAAGGAGAGAAGUAGACGGCGUGUGGGAAUAAGGAGAGAGGGGAACACAGAGACAUAGCAUAGAGCUAACGCUCACUGUUCCACCAUGGGCCCGAGUUCGACACUGGGAAGCCUUCUGUUUUUCCUCAGCCUAUAUGGGCUCAGCAAAGGAUUCGUACAGGAGAACUGCACCAACUACCGGCUCCAGUUUGAGAGGGUUUACUCUGUGCCCGGGGACGUGGCGAUGCUCAACAGCACCCUGGUCUCUCCGGACGUCUUCAACUUCACCGGGGUCCCGUACAACAUGACCUGGUACAACUCAAAGACGGGCCAAGAAAUGAGCAACCAGACCGGACGGAUUCUGCUGUACGGGGAGACGCUGUGGUUUCUCAACGUAACGCCGGACGACAACGGGGAAUACGUGUGUCUGCUGAGAACUCCUUCUCAGUGCUACAUGCAGGCGACAAUGCUGGUAGUGGAUAAGCUGGUUGCUGGAGAGUGUGGAAGGCCAAGGAAAACCUAUCAACCACUCACACAUGGAGUCUCAGACAACCUGAACUGCCCUCUGAAGGACUACAUCGAUAAACUGGACAGCUACAACGUCACAUACUCCCUAACGUGGUACAGAGGCUGUGAACCCAUACUGGAGGAGACAAGCAGGUACAUCUUCAGGGAUAAAACCAAACUGAUGAUUCACAGUGUGGACUCUGAAGACAACCAGUCCCACACCUGUACUCUGACAUUCAGCCUCGGAGGUUUCACGGGAAAGGUGUCAGAGACCAUCAUUGCAACAGUCACAGAGGAGUACUCCAUGGUUCCCCAAAUUCGUGAACCAGAUGGUGAAAUAGUCAAGGCACAUGAGGGCUCUGAGAUCCGCAAGAGAUGCCUGGUGUUUAUUCCGGGUGUUGGAACACCCUUCGUUGAUGUAGUUUGGUUCAACGGAGACAACAUCAUAGAGAGAAUUCCUGGACGUAUCAAUGUAACAGAAACCCGUUCGUGGCCGCAUAAUAGUACUCGGAAAGGUAUGUUUAUAGAGGUGCUGUUGCAGAUUUCCGAGGUGAGGAAGCAGGAUUUCAACACCACCUUCACCUGUCUAGUGUUCAGCGGCCGAGGAUGUCCACAGAAAUCUUUUACUCUGCAACCAGCAGAUCCAGACAUCAUACUGCCCAUCGUGACAGUGCAUGGCGGUGUGAUGGUUCUCUUCAUCAUCAGUGUCAGCAUCUACUACAUCUUUAAGAUUGACAUCGUGCUGUGUUUCAGGAGAACAUUUCCAGUCUUCUACUUAAACAAAGACAUGGAUGGAAAGCUAUACGAUGCCUACGUGGCAUAUCCGCAGCCCUACACCUUUGGAUUCAGCGAGCGAGUGGAAAGUUUUGCCCUUCACACGCUGCCUCAAGUGUUGGAAAAGGCCUGCGACUACAAACUCUUCUUAGAAGGCCGUGACUGCCUUCCUGGGCAGGCCAUGGUGGACUCAGUUGAAGAGAACCUACAAGCCAGUCGGCGUCUGAUUCUGCUCUACACCGCCUCAACUUUCAUCAAACAAAGGCACACGAGCAGCACCAGCAGCAAUAACAACAACGUUUCCAAGAACAACGAAACACACACGACCAGUGAAACCGGUGGCAGCAUCAGUUCUGAUGGCGAUGAUAAAAUCUAUCCAGACGCAAAGCAUCACUUUGUGUGUGUGGAAGCGAUGCAUAGAGCGCUGAUCGAAGGAUCUCUCAAGGUGGUUCUGGUCGAGUUGGAAGAGAUCACCCCGGCUCAGCUGGCCCUCUUCCCAGAGUCAGUGCGUCACCUGAGGAAGAAGCAGGGUGCCGUGUGCUGGUGGAAGAACCUCAGGACAAGUCAAAGCAGGAGGACAUGUCUGAGAAGGGAGGACGAUGUGGAAAAAGCUGGAAAUGACUCACAGUCAUCGCCGUCCCUCUCUCCUUCCUCCAGGUUCUGGAAGGAGUUGCGAUAUCAUAUGCCGGUCAGGGGCAAGCGUGUGUUGUAUCCCGAGAAAACUGCCUUGCUGCACUUAUGACGAAAUUAGGUGAACCAGAGUGUAGGAUUAUGGGAUUGGGUGAAACGUACACUCCAAGUUAAGAUCUCAAAUACAGCUAAAAGGUAUUCAGACGAGUCGCUUUUCAGUUAGUUUCACACUGUGUUGAAGGAAGACAUUUCUAAGAGGUUAAUAAUAAUUAAUAACUGCAUAAUGUACAGGAUGUGGUAACAUUAAAGUAGCAGAUCAAAAAAAAACAUCCUUUUCUCACUCAACAACAGUUGCUAAUGGAGAGUGACUCCAUUAGCAAAGCUAGCUCACACUGGUAUAAGAACCAUUAACAGGAGGUGAAAGAAGUGUAUAAAUAAAAGUGUAAAUAUGUAAAAUGUGUAUAUAGGUUUUUACAGUUACAGGCAGCAAACAGUGAGUUUAAUAUUAAAUGUUGCCUUUCAUGUACAGUUAUUGAGCUACAGCAAUCGAACUGCAUAAACCACAGCUUGAAAGAGGUGCAUGUUUAAACGUGUGUAUGUUAUUUAUGAAAGCAAUAUCGUUCAGCAGGCAAGCACAGAAAGCUAUCUUACAAUGUGGAAAUGUGGGGGGAAAAAACACCUGUAUGAGAUUUAUGCUUAAAAAAAUGUAAUGUAUGUAAAUAAUGUUUGUAGAAAUUGUUCUCCACUUACUUUUUACACUGGGUGAAAAAUAAAGAUUAAUUUUUGUCA